CGGAGCUGAGUGAGCGGUUUAUUGCUGAAUCACCCUGACUUAACGAAACGGCCGUGGCUUCGGUUCUAGCCGGAGUGGAGUCCACCGCCGGGCUCUGGUCGGUCCGACCACCGAGGUUCCUGCAAUUCCUCCAGGUCCCACGCAUUCCGGGAAAUGGGUUGUUUUUGUCAGCGAACUGCAGACCAUUAUGACCAGUGUCUUAUUCGCCUGAGGUGGAUCACCUCGUCGUAUACAGUGUUCAACAUCAGUGUUAGGAUUUGACUUUACUUAUUGUGGGAUUUAUGAAAACACAGUCUCUAUUUUCAGUAUUCAUAAAAUAGUGUUUUUGUUGUUGUACUACAAAUCCUUGGUGAACAUGAAGACUUACACAGCCAAAGAAAUGCUGAACUUCAUUAACUCACUAAAAAUAGUGAUGUUAUGUGUGCGCUUACCUAAUCUUAAGUCCAUAGCUUUCCUUAAUUGUCCCUAAAACACAAGUUGAAGAUUGAGGACAUUUGACCCAUUUACAAGUUCAAAGACAACUGUGCUCUUUCAAAACGGUGACUUGCUUAUUUAUUUUGACAUGUCACUUUAGGAAAGUUAGUUUAGUUUAGAGAUUGUUGUCAAUAAUGACAAUUUAUUGAAAGGAUAUUAUGUAUCUUUUGUUAGAAUGCUAAAGAAGCAUUGUUAAAUAGUUAGUAAUACAUUCAUUGCACUAACAAAGCAAAACAUUGUACUAAAGUAUUGGAACAUUAUUACAUUGUUAGAACUGUGAUAGUGGCAUUUACCUUAUUACUAUAUAACAGAUGAACUUUAUUAAUGUCUUGGAAUUAUUAAAAUCUCCUUAACUAUGAUCAUUUAUUUUAUAAUGUUUUAUUUUAAUCUUCAAAGUUGCGAAAUUAAAGAGAAGAAAAAUAACCAUGUACAGGAAUUGUAGGCCUCGUGUGACGUCACAGCUCAGUUUUACUCUCGGAGUUCAGCCGGGGUUCAAGGGGGUUUGUAUUCGUAACUGACCUUGAACCCCCCCCCCACACCCCACCCCUUCUCAUUAAAACAAAACUCAACUAAAUCUAUCUUAACUCACAUGACUCCCGUUUGGUUCCUCCCCCAUUCACGUCUACUUGGGAGUGUGUUUUUCUCUGGAAGUGCUGGAGUCAGCAGAACAAUCUAAGUGUUGUCUUUUACAAACACUGGAAAUGUGGGUCACUGUGGCCACACACACUUUGAUUUGGCAGCCAUAAACGAAAAGGUCAUUGAGGAAGACUUUCUCUUUAGCAAGUCACCUCAGGUGACAACAGCCGAAAUGGAUGUCGGGUAUAAAUACCUAACUUAACUUCAAAUGGAUCCUAACCCCAAUCCUCUUUUAUCAGGGGUAUAAAUGUGUUAAACUUUAAUAUAUCUCAAUGGAAAGCAGACAGAAAUCCAAUCCAACCUGCGAACGUAACACUGAAUUGCCUAAAGUCAACCACUCCAAGUUCUAACAUCACAACAAGAGCUUUUCCCACGAGUUUCUUUGAAAACAAACGGCACGUCCCGUUCUUUAUAAACGUUAUUGUUGAAAGGUUUACAGGAGUUACGAGGCCAAAACGAGAUGUCAAAGAUCACAAAUAUGCUCUGGAAGCUGCAAAUGACUGUAAUCAGGAGGCGGUGAAAUUUAGCUGCAGCAUUACCUCGUCUAGAUCGGCCUGUUUCUCAAAGAAAAAUGAUAGUGCGAAGAGUUGGCUCACUAAGCUGCCAAAAGCUCAACAGUAACCACAGGGCUGUAUUUUGCCAGCUACGUAUAUGUGGUAUCACAAGUUUUGUCGUCAAGUUUUUUUCUUACUCUCUCCUCCACUCUCUGUAGGCGACAGUGUGACAAAACAAAAGCCCAGCCACUCUUCAUAUUGCGAAAGCAAACACAGUAACCUUAAUGAAAAGCCCAGUGGGGAAAACACCCUGGGGCUUGAUAAAGUCAAGGUUGAACUUGUUGGUCUCGAUUGAAUAUUAACGGGAAGAGAUAUUUUAGCCACUCAGCUGAAACAACCUCAGAGUGAAGUGCAGAGUCAUUUCUAUCAACACUGUAGUGAUCCGAGCUCCACAGCUGAGGGGGAAGAAAAAAGGAAAAACAGAUCUAGUUGGCCCGCGUCGAGGUUGGACUUUAAUCCCACAUAACAACAUUUGUGAGCUGACCUUAAGAGGAGUGCAGGAAGUCCCAGCGUGGCGUGUGCUAACUGCUCAAUGAGAGAGAAAUUUCCUAAUAGAGUAGUGUUAAGGCGGAACCGACUCAAACAGACACUGUUACUGCUGCUGGCUGGAAGAAGAAUCACCCAGGUCCACCUUUAAAUGCUCUUGAGUGUCUGUAUCUGUGUUGACUGGUGCUUGGGGGGUAAAAGCUGAAGACAUUUGGAUCAUGACGACAGAAAGAAACAGCAAAGCCCUGAAGGUGAAGCAGGAAUGUGGCGAGAACGUGCCCGUCCUCUCAGACAGUGAGCUCAUGUCCCUCACGGUACGGGAGCUGAACCUCCACCUGCGCGGCAUGUCCCGCGAGGAGAUCCAGAAGCUGAAGCAGCGCCGCCGCACCUUAAAGAACCGGGGCUACGCCGCCAGUUGCCGGGUCAAGCGGGUUUCCCAGCGCGAGGCCCUGGAGCAGCAGAAGACGGAGCUCCAGAGGGAGGUGGAUAGACUCGGCGCAGAGAACGCCGGCAUGAGGAAGGAGCUGGAGGGCCUCGGCGCGCGCCUGGCCGCUCUCCAGAGAUUCGCCCGGGGUCUGGAGGCCGGCGGGGGCAACCUGCUGGCCACGGCGCCGCGUCUCAACACCGCCUCCGUCAUCACCAUCGUCAAGAGUCCGCCACAGCCUCAGGCACAGAGAGAACACGAGCCGUCCUAGAAGGAGCUGCUGGGACCAGACUUGGGGAGGGAUGCACAACCUGCAAUGCAAACACACAUUCAUACACACACACAUCCGCAGGCAUACAUGUACUAUACACAUGCUAAAGAAUAGGAAGACAAAUAGGAAAAUUAGCAGGAAUAUACUAAAUCCUUGUGUGCGUCGAGCCCCGUUCACAUGACGACGGGCGUCAUUCAGUCGUGUGUGUGAUACGGCGCCGACAGUGCGGCGUGUGACAUCAUCGCAACGACAACAGCUACGUUUAAUUUUUUCUAAAGCAACAGCUGAGAAUUCAUCCAGGACAAGUGGAGGUGUCCUCUACUUCAUGCUAUUUUUUUAUAAUGCUAUAGCUUAGCCCGACUGAAAUUGACUCAAGUGGGUUUGUUGAGAAACCCUAGAGCUCAGUUACGUUCAGAACAACGCAGCAUGUGCAUUGUGAGCGAGGCGUCGGGCACGGACGUGUGCAGAAUCCUCACAACCCGAAUACAGUCGACUGACUAAACUCACUGGACUGAAGCCGGAACAACCCAAACAAGAGUUACUGUACAUCUCCCACCACUCAACGAAGCCAGCCUGUGACGCCAGUGCUCCCUGAAAGUGCUGCCGAGCGACCGGCUUCAGCCUCUUCCCCGUUUUCAGUUUAUGGCACCUGACCAACAAGCAAAAAAAAACCUGCCAGGGUGGAGCUGACGUAUGCCAUGCGCUGCUUCCUCUAGCUUGACAAACGUCUGCAUUCCUGGUACAGUUGUAGUCUGAAGCUUGCUAGUGUUUCCUCAUAAGCAGUCCAGGGUCAUGUGUUGCUGUUAGCAUGCAAGAGAAUGUUUCACUGUAUGAAUCACUUGGUCAUUAACGGAGAAUUUCUCAACUUCAGCGUCACUUGAUAUCCAGGCAGGGGCCAUGGGGGAUUCCCCAGACUCCACUCUCGCAUUCUGACAUUUCCUUCAUUCUUCCAAAAAAAAUAAGUAAUACACAGCAGUAUGCUACCUAACAGCUCCCUUAGCAAUGAGGCCACGAGGAUUUUGGAAUCAAAUAGUUUUUACACACUCCAGAAAACAGGUUGAGAAUCGCUGUGUUCAUGAAUUCAAAACGGUUCAUUAAGUGAAAUGUCUUAGUUUUGGGUUUUUCAGUCUCCCUUCCCGUUCUGGCCCUUGGUUCGAGGAGAACGUUUCGUACGACCUGUGCACACAUUUCCCACAUUACUGCAGUGCCUUCAGUGUAUGUCGGAGUUAUAAUAAUGGAAACCUAAGAGAGAGAAGGUUGAAAGACUGUAAUCGCUCCUUCUUACCUGUUCAUGAUCACACAUUUUCUUUUUUUUCUCUUUACAAUUCCUCCUUUUAAACCACCCCACUACUUGUUUCACGACCCCCUAAUUUUGAUACACUUUGCUGCGGCUUCCCUCCUUUUUCUAUAUCUGCUAGACUCCCAACAACAGAUGUUGGUCAUUUUGCCAAAAACGUGUCAAAGCGGAGUCGCAUCUGGUCGGUAUUACACACUCACAAACGAUGCAAAUCCUCUGCAAACAUUCCCGGUUUUUGUGUUCUUAUUUGUAAUGUUUGUAUGUGCCGUUGAGAGACGAAAAUGUUGAGUGACAUUUAUCAGAGAUAUAUUCUAUAUUUUAUUUGUAUUUAAAGGUAGAUAUUAUUAAAAAGACAAGCUAA